AUGUCUAAGGAUGGUUCAGCACAACUGCCCGUCUCCGCCCCCAGGAAGGACCUGCGAUCAUUUUCCAAAAAGCAGUAUAGAGCAACCUCAAACGAGGUAAGGAAACGAACAGACUGA